AUGAUAAUUUUAAAACGUUUAUAUUUUCGUUCAAUAUUUUAUUCAUAUCGUACAUAUACUACAACAACAAAAACAAAAAUUAAUACAUUCAAUAUUGAAUAUGAUCCAAUAAAACAAUCAAUAGUUUAUCCACAAGAAUUAAUACUUAAUAAUAAAAAUUAUCCAACUGAUUCAUGGACAAAUGUUACUGAACAUAUUCUAUUACGUAUUGGACAAAAUUUACAUCAACAAAAAAAUCAUCCCUUAUAUCAUUUAACAAAUCGUCUUCGUCAAUAUUUUUAUCAAUAUUAUGAUCCACAUAAAUUAUCACCAAAAUUUUCUAUUAUUGAUAAUCUUUCACCUAUUGUAACAACAGAACAAAAUUUUGAUUCAAUAUGUAUACCUAUUGAUCAUGUUAGUAGAACUAAAUCAAUGAAUUAUUAUAUUAAUAAAAAUACACUUUUACGUGCACAUACAUCUGCACAUCAAGUUGAUUUAAUACGUUCAGGUCUUAAUGCAUUUUUAUGUAUUGGUGAUGUUUAUCGACGUGAUAGUAUUGAUCCAACACAUUAUCCUGUUUUUCAUCAAUGUGAAGGUGUUAAAUUAUUUACUAAAGAAGAAUUAUUUAUUGGAAAUAAAAAUGUUAUUGGAGAUAAAGAUAAUUUACAAAUUUUUGGAACAAAUGAACUUCGUGAUGCUACUAAACAAGAAGGACAUACAUUAGAAGCAGUAAAAUUAGUUGAAGCAUCUCUUAAAAAAACUAUAACUGAUCUAUUUAAAAAUCUUUUUUCAAAUUCUUCAACAUUAAAUUCACGAUGGGUUGAUGCUACUUUUCCUUUUACUCAUCCAUCAUGGGAAUAUGAAAUUGAAAUAGAUGGUAAAUGGUAUGAAUUACUUGGUUGUGGUAUAAUGGAACAUCGUGUAUUAGAAAAUAGUGGUUUAAAUAAAGAUCAUAUUGGUUGGGCAUUUGGUCUUGGUUUAGAACGUAUUGCAAUGAUAAUGUAUGGUAUUCCAGAUAUUCGUUUAUUUUGGUCAAAUGAUUCAGGUUUUCUAUCACAAUUUGCAUUCGAUGAUUCAACACGUUUAGUUCAAUAUAAACCUAUUAGUAUAUAUCCACAAUGUAUUAAUGAUUUAUCUAUGUGGAUGGGUAAAACUAUAAUUGAUCCAUCAGAUUUUUAUGAUUUAGUACGAGCUAUUGGUGGUGAUUUAAUUGAACAAGUUAUACUUAUUGAUCAAUUUUAUAAUUCAAAAAAACAACGACAUUCACAAACCUAUCGUAUUAUUUAUCGUUCUAUGGAUCGAACAUUAACAAAAAAUGAAAUAAAUAUGAUACAUAAAGAUAUUGAAUAUCAUUGUAAACAGCAAUUUGGUGUAGAAAUUCGUUAA